GGAUCCCGGCGCGCCUUGGCACAGCCCGGCGGAGCGCGGCUUCUCUUCGCCCCGGGAGCGAAACCUGAGCGGUCGUCCGGGGCGAGCCGGGCUUGGCUCGGGCUUUUUUUGGCCGCCGCCGUCCCCGGGCGGGCAGAGAGCGAGGAGGAGGAGGAGGGAUGAGACGGGGCUGAGCCAGUUCGGGCGCGCUUCUCUUGCCGGCGUUCCGCUCCCCGCCGUCCGCUCCGCGCAACUUUCCCCGCGCCUCCUCAGGUCCCCAUGGCGGGCUCCUCGCCUCCCCCCGCUUACACGGACCUCAAGCGGGGCCUGGACAAGAGCAGCAGCGGCGCGGAGCUCCAGCUGAACGGCGACGAGGGGGCGCCGGGACCCGAGGAGGAGGAGGAGGAGCGGGGCCCCAUGCCCAAGAACUACUUGUGGCUCAGCAUUUUGUCCUGCUUCUGCCCCGCGUACCCCAUCAACAUCGCCGCCUUCGUCUUCUCGGUCAUGGCGCUAAACAGCUACACUCAAGGAGACAUAGAAGGGUCGAGGAGGCUGGGCCACACCGCGCUGGUGGUCGCCAUUGCGUCCAUUCUCAUCGGUCUCCUGAUGAUUGCAGUCCUUUGUAUUGUCCAUUAUACUACGCACACCAUCUGAAUUCAAAGACUCGGAUGUGAAAGCUUACCAUCUUCAAGCCUGUGGGACGGGGUCUGUCCUAUGAAGAAAGGAAAAUGUGGACGGCUAACAAACCGCCCCAGAUCUUUUAAUCCGGGAGGUUUGGUUUAAUCCUACAAACCUGGUUCAAGGCACGGGUGAAAAUCUCAAGUGACUGCUGGUUGGGAUGCUACAGUAUGUGUCAAGAUUAGCAGUCCCCUCCAAAAAGAACCAAAACAGGAAAAAGAAAAAAAAAUACCUGUCUUUCUUAAAGAAUGUCUUUAUGGAACUUCCUUUUUUCCCUUUUGCAAUCCCACAACUCCAUUUUCACGCACGCCAGAAGUGUAACCUGUAGCUCACCUCCCCUGUCCUAGGCUUUUGCACUCAAGCCAUCCAUUGGAUGUCUCCCAGGCUGGAGACCUUUGCUUGGCUGAACUUUCUGGAUUGGUGAUGGAUGCAAGACCUGACCAGACAAUGUUAGAGGAGGUGGUGGUCUCCUUGGACUUUUGGCUUCCACCUGCAAACCCAGGUUAGCACCUCAGGACACUAGGGAUGAAUGCAUCCAUAGGACAUGUCUGCACAAAGUGGAUUUCUUCAAUCUCCAGAUCACCUUCUCUGCUGUGCACCCCUGAUGAGUCUUCUCUUGGGGGAAAACUGAAAAUGCUCUAUUUUGUAAAUGUGCUAGCUUGCCAAGGUCUUGACUCCUGUCCUAGAAUGAACUUUUUUCCCCUGCAUUACCUCGUCUCCAGUCCAACGAUAAGGACAUCCCUUUUUCUCCUCAAAACUGGCCCCACUCUUCUUUCUUUCUUUCUUUCUUUCUUUCUUUCUUUCUUUCUUUCUUUCUUUCUUUCUUUCUUUCUUUCUUUCUUUUUUUCUUCCUUCCUUCCUUCCUUCCUUCCUUCCUUCUUUCUUUCUUUCUUUCUUUCUUUCUUUCUUUCUUUCUUUCUUUCUUUCUUUCUUUCUU